AUGGUGCCGUACGGCGCCGUACGGGUUAAAGGAUUUAAAAGUGAUAAUACUGCUUAUGAAUUCAAUACCUUCUCACAUCCCGAGGCCGUUAGGGAGCCGUUAUCCCGUGUCCGCCUAGGCACCGAUCCCGAUCCCUCCCGUACGGGGCCCCGAGGCCGUGACGGGACCCGAGGCCGUUAG